AUGAUUUAUUUUUUGUUUUACACUUCAUUUUUCUACCCAUUUAUUUCCCCGUCCCUGCAUGUGAAUCAGCUGCGUCUGUACGCAGUAUUUUUGCGACGUCUGAUCGCCGAGAACCAGGAAUUCCGCAUCUUCGAGCCCACCAACGAGGCUCUGGAGGAGGCCAGGCAAGAGGUGCUGCUGAAGCGAAGCAAAGCGGCGGCCAGGCCGACACCCACCGACACGGGCCCAGCCCAGACGGAGGACGAGUCAGCGACCAGAGUCGUCUUCACUUCGGUAGCCGACAGCGAGUCUACUAGCACGGCCGAAGCAGCCAGGAUCGACCCCCUCGACCGUGUCUGA